UACGGCAGGUAAAACUACGUACCUCAGUUUGAGUAGUGGUCUAAUGCUUUGCUAUCGCUAUUAGUGCUUCGCGUUUUGGGUGAAAAUACGUGUUUGAUCUAUUUUCUUUUAGUCAAACGGGCCAAUAAUUUAACAUGGGAAUCGGUGGUUAGCACUGACUAACUGCGAAGAAUACACAAUUCUCUUUUUACCGCAACGUCACCCCUUCUCUUACAACAUUCAAAUUUCGCACAAUGAUGUAUAAUUAUAUACAGCGUUGUUCCGGAGAAUGCAUGUUGUAUAGCUUUCGCACGAAUUUUGCUUACGUACGCGUUUUUUUUUUUUUUUCGCCUAGAGCUCUGCAAUGCGCUCUGCAUUGCUUUGUGAACACUAAUGAUGUUCUUUCGUUGCGUCUAUAAUUUCAGAAAUGAAAAAUGCAGCCGAGGCAAAGGCGCAAUGCAAUGUGCCAGGCACCGUAUCCGAGGCCUCAGUGUCAGAUGAAACCGUGGAAGCUUGCACAUCUAGUCUCUCCUCAGUGCAAUAUGAGAAGACUGACCCAGUAGGUGCCUCCAUAGAAAAUGAAUCGGCCUGCAUGCCUGUUCAAGAAUCACAGCCUGGCUGCUCUAAAGACUCCGCACCGUGGCCCCAUGUGGAAGAGCCCUCACUUGACAGCCGAGUGGUUGCCAUGGAGAAAGAGAUCCGCCAUACUGAAUGCGGCCAAGGUAUGCGAUGUGAAAUAUAAUUUACUAGUUCAUAAGGAAAACAUCUCAAAUGUAACG